AUGGCUACGACAUCCGGCUCUGCGAACCCUCUGGGUGAGCAGACAGCUCCUGUUACCGGUCCCCCUCCCGCAGUCCCCGAAAACGUCAAGUCUGAUAUCCAACAAGCCGCUAAAGAUGGUCAAUCCGAGCCGGGAAAGGAUACCUCUGCGCCUCCCGAGGGCAAGGUGAAGACUGAAAAGGAAUUGGAAAGAGAGCGACGCAAAGCAGAGAAAGCCAAGAAGUUUGCUGAAAAGCAGGCAAAGGCCGCCGCCGCGAAACCUGCGCAACCCAAGGCUGAGAAGAAAGAAAAGGUUAUUGAUAAAACGACCGAUGCAUAUGAUCCGGCAACUAUUGAGGCCGGUCGGUACGAGUGGUGGGAGAAGAAGGGAUUAUUCAAGCCACAGUUUGAUGGGAAUGGCAAUGUGAAACCUGAUGGUGUUUUCUCGAUGGCUUGCCCGCCCCCUAAUGUCACUGGUGCACUUCAUAUGGGUCACGCCCUCAUGGUGGCUCUCCAAGACACCAUGACUCGUUACUACCGAAUGAAGGGCAAAACUACCGUUUGGGUACCUGGUACGGAUCACGCUGGUAUCUCGACUCAAAGCGUAGUUGAAAAGAUGCUGUGGAAGGAGAAGAAGCAAACCCGUCACGAUCUAGGCCGACCAGAUUUUUUGAAGUUGACACAGGACUGGAAGGACAGAUACCAGGGUUCUAUUCUCACUUCGUUGAAAGCAAUGGCCGCUUCACUGGAUUGGUCGCGUGAAGCUUUCACGAUGAACCCCAAUUUCUCGGCUGCUGUUACGGAGACUUUCUGUCGUCUUCAUGAGGAAGGAACUAUCUAUCGUGCCAAUCGACUUGUCAACUGGUGCUGCGCUUUGAAUACAUCCUUGUCCAACUUGGAAGUUAACAAUCAAGAGAUUCCGGGCCGAACUUUGCUUGAUGUUCCUGGCUAUGAGAAGAAGGUCGAAUUCGGUGUAUUGACACACUUCUGCUACGAGAUUGAGGGUACAGGAGAACGCAUUGAGAUUGCUACUACUCGACCUGAGACCAUGCUUGGUGAUACCGGUAUUGCUGUACAUCCUGAUGAUAAGAGAUAUCAGCACAUUAUCGGCAAGAAAGCCAAGCAUCCAUUCGUCAACCGUCUCCUUCCAAUCGUCGGAGAUUCAACCGUUGCCAUGGACUUUGGUACUGGUGCAGUCAAGUUGACUCCUGCCCACGACUUUAACGAUUAUGCUCGCGGAAAGCAGCAUGGUCUUGAAUUCGUGUCAAUCUUGAAUGACGAUGGUACUCUCAAGGAUAAUUGCGGUGCCUUCUCAGGCAUGAGGCGAUUCGACGCAAGAUACGCCGUCGUCGAGAAGCUCAAAGAGGCUGGCCUGUACGUCAAAUGGGAGAACAAUCCUAUGGUUAUUCCACGUUGCGAGAAGAGUAAGGAUAUUAUUGAGCCUGUUCUUAAGCCGCAAUGGUGGAUGAAGAUGGAUGAUAUGGCACGAGCUGCCAUGGAAGCCGUCGAGAAGAAAGAAAUUACCAUAAGCCCAGCUUCUGCCGAGAAGAACUUUUUCCACUGGAUGAGAAACAUUCAAGAUUGGUGUAUUUCUCGUCAGCUUUGGUGGGGCCAUCAAGCACCAGCUUGGCUCGUCCAGAUUGAAGGCCAGGUCGCAGAUGAUGGUGACAGUAACCUAUGGGUAAGCGGUCGUUCAGAAGAAGAGGCCCAGGCCAAGGCUGCCGCCAAGUUCCCAGGUCAAAAAUUCACUCUCAAGAGAGACGAGGACGUCCUGGAUACAUGGUUCUCUUCUGGACUUUGGCCGUUUGCAACACUAGGCUGGCCUAAUACUGAGAGCCACGAUUAUCAGAAACUUUUCCCCACCAGCACACUCGAGACUGGUUGGGAUAUUCUUUUCUUCUGGGUAGCGAGAAUGAUUAUGCUCAGUCUGAAGCUGACAGGAAAGGUCCCUUUCAAGGAGGUUUAUUGCCAUUCCUUGAUCCGUGAUAGUGAAGGCCGUAAGAUGAGCAAGUCUUUGGGUAAUGUCAUCGACCCUCUUGACGUCCAAAAGGGUAUCACUCUUGAUGCUCUCCAUGAAAAAUUGAAACAGGGCAACCUUGCUGAGAAAGAGAUUGGAGUGGCUACCAAAUAUCAAAAGAAGGCGUUCCCCAAGGGUAUUCCAGAGUGCGGUGCUGAUGCGCUACGCAUGGCUCUUGUCUCUUAUACCACUGGAGGCGGUGACAUUGCGUUCGAUGUCAACGUUAUUUUCGGCUACCGUCGAUUCUGCAACAAGAUCUACCAAGCUACCAAGUUCGUUCUUGGCAAAUUGGGCUCUGACUUCGUCCCUUCGGCUAAACCCGUCAAGACCGGACGCGAAUCUCUCCCCGAACGUUGGAUCUUGUCAAAAUUCAACAAAGCUGCCAAGGAAAUCAACAAUGCUAUUGAGACACGCGAAUUCUCCAUCUCUGCGUCAACUGCCUACCAAUACAUCUACUCGCAACUGUGUGAUGUCUACAUCGAGAACUCCAAGUCUCUGCUCCAGUCUGAUGCUCCUGCUGAAGUACAAGAAUCAGCCAAACAGACUCUCUACACAGCCCUAGAAGGAAGUCUUUUGCUUCUUCACCCCAUCAUGCCUUAUAUCACUGAAGAUCUUUGGCAAAGAUUACCACGCCGUGAAGGAGACAAGACUGAGUCCAUCAUGGUGGCCCGAUUCCCCGAAUAUAAUGCGUCCUUCGACGACGAGGCUGCCGAAAAGGCAUAUGAACUUGUCCUCGACACCUCCAAGGCCAUCCGUUCUAUCCUCGCUCAGUACGACGUCAAGGAGAAAUCCGACUUAAUCCUCGCGGCCUACAACGAGGCAAGCCACAAGACCAUCUCCGACGAAGUCGUCGCCAUCAAAUCUCUAGGCGGCAAAUACGCCGGCGAAAUCUUUGUCCUUGGGCCCGACAACAAGUCCCGUCCAGAUGGGUGCGUCGUUAGCCCCGUCGGCGCCGACGCUGCUGUCUACCUCAAGGUCUCGAAACAGGUUGCACUCGAGCAAGCCGAGAAGGCCAAGGCCAACUUGCAAAAAACACGCGAUCUAGUGACCAAGAUCCAAAAGACAAUGAACACGCCCGGUUGGAGGGAGAAGGUCAAGGUUGAGAUCCAGGAACAGGAAGAGAAGAAGUUGCGGGAUGCAGAGGGUGAGGCAGCCUUGAUUGAGGAACAGAUUCGUGAACUGGAGAAAUUGCGUUUGGAUGCUUAGAUCAUUCGCUCUUGAUAAAAGAAGGAUUCCGAAUGGCAAAAGUAAGGAAUUUUUGUUUGUCGUCUCGCAGAUAUUCACAGAUACAGAUAGAUGUUAGCCAUCUCCAA